AUGACUCAGAGUUGCCCACUCAACUAUAAAGAUUUACCUGAGGGGAAGAAGAAUAUCGCCACUUACAGUGAACACUAUGGACAAACAGUGAAUGAUGGUUUUCAGGGGAAAGUGGAGUUUAAAGAUGCUGGACUGAAGAACUGCUCCAUAGUUAUCAGGAAGGUGACGGAGCAGGAUGAAGGCUGCUAUCUCUGUUUGUUUAACACGUUUCCUGAUGGAUCUCUGACAGGAAAAACCUGCCUCCAUCUCUAUGGUUUUGGUGAUGAAUCUGAAUCUGAAAAGAAUUUCACCUUGAUUGUUGCAUCAUUCACAGUAGUGGCCUUUAUUUGUGUCGCUGUAGUCGUCACUGUCGUUUUCCUGCUCAAACAUAAACAUAAGAACAGGUCUAACAGAUGUGAUACAAACACAGCAGACUGUGAUGGUGAAAGUAGGAGAAGAUGUUCAUCUCAGCUGUCAACUCAUGCAGACUAAAGAUGUUCUUCAGGUCACCUGGCAGAAAGAUUUAUCUGAGGGGAAGAAGAAUCUUUGCAGCUACAACAAAUACUUUGGACAAACAGUGAAUCCUGAUUUUAAGUAUAAAGUGGAGU